AUGGCCGCAUCAACGAUCGAAGCAGCCGCCAAUGCUGCCAAAACCGCUUUUACAUCCGCCACUAUCACCUCAGCAGCAUCUUCCCCAUUUCUCCCCCGGCAGACAUUUGAUGUAUCUCAAUCCAUAGUCCGGUCCUAUUUUCUGGGCCAUCACAAUGCGGCCCUCUCGCGUAUGCGCCGAGUUCUCUCCAAUGUUGGCCUCGUCAUCGAGUGUCGGGACAUGAGAGUCCCACUCACCUCAUGGAACCCCAUGUUAGAGUCCUCGCUCAUUUCAAUGAUGGGCGGCGCUGGGGGUCGCGCUCGUAUCAUCGUCUACACACAUCGGGACCUCAUAGCCGAGAAGGAAGGGAAGAGGAUCAUACAGGCCCUCGAAAAGUUCCACAAGAACGAACUCAACACGGUCGUCUUGUUUCACGGCACCGGCACCGAGACCAAGGACACCAGAACCCUCCUCAAGGAGGUCCGAAAUAUAUCCAACGACCACCACAGCCUCACGGGCCUCCGUGCGCUGGUUGUCGGCAUGCCCAAUGCCGGCAAGUCGACUCUCCUCAACCGCCUGCGAUCUCAAGGGCGGCCCAACCCGGGCGGCGCCUCUAGGGUUGCCCGCACAGGAGCCGAGCCCGGUGUCACCAGGAAACUCGGGACACCUGUGCGCAUCCUGGCCGGAGACGACGAUUCCGAGGGCGUCUUCCUCCUCGACACUCCUGGAGUGUUUGUCCCGUUCGUCUCCGACGCCGAGGCCAUGCUCAAGCUCGCCCUCGUUGGCUGCGUCAAGGACGGCCUGAUCUCAUGGGUCACCGUCGCUGACUACCUACUGUACCACCUCAACCGCUACGACCCUACGGGCCAGGCCUAUCGCCUCUACUGCGACGAGCCGACCAACGAUGUCCACGAGUUCCUGCGCGGUGUAGCGCGGCGCACAGGAAAGCUGGUGAAGGGGUCAGAGGAGUUCCUGGAGGGAGCGGCCGACUGGGUGGUCAGGAGGUGGCGGAACGGGCUGUUGGGCAAGUUUGCGCUGGAUCAGGUCAGCGAGACGAGUUUGGAACAGGCCAAAAGGAGAAGUCUCGAGCCACCAUUGAGUAUGAACCAGGCGAGGAAGAGGGAUAAGGAGCAGAGGAGAGAGCGGAACGCUGCAAAGCAGACACAGAGUAGACUCUAGCCAAGUGAGAUGGCCGGCAAGAGCUUGUGAGGAAAUGAUACCCUUCUCUUUUUCUUUUUGC